UUCCAUUUUUUUCGUUUCUUGGGCUCUGCUGGUCCAAGGCACAGUUAACUUUAAUAGCAGAACCCCAAACAAGCACAUUGCUAAUCUGCUACAGUGACAGCACAGUGACGAUGGUGAAGGGGGAAUCGUCACAGUCGGAGCCGAUUCCGCUGCGAACAAUGAGGCCAGGGGAAGAAGGAGAAGAACCCAGAAGCAGUGGCAGCAAAAGGCAAUUGCAAUUGGUCACCACCUCCCGGUCCUUCAGACUCCCCGAUGGUUGGUUGGUUGAGGAAAAGCCCCGUCCCCCUAGCUCUACCAACCCGCGCCAAACACAUAGCGACAAGUAUUACUAUGAGCCUGGCACUGGACUGAAGUUUCGUUCGCUGGCAGCUGUUCAGAGAUACCUAACAGAAGGGCAAAUCGAACAACGUACCAUAAGAUCAAAACCAGGCAAUGAGUGUAAUAUGCUGAUGACACCACGCACCAGGAGGGCCACUUCAUCCUUUGUACUACCUGAUGGUUGGGAAGUUGAGGAGAAGCCACGAAGCAAUAUCAAUUAUUCUGGUCACACAGACAGGUAUUAUAUUGAGCCAGGGACUGGAAAGCGGUUCCGUUCUUUAUUAUCUGUUGAGAGAUACCUAACAGAAGCGAAUGAAGAUUUUCCCCUCAAGGCAUUGAUGCCUGCCAACAAGUCUGGUCUUUCGCCUGGCUCUGGCGUUCAAAAGAUGAACAAUUUGGGCGAGAUCCUGUCCCAGAAAGUUAUUUCUAGUUCUGUGAAGAGAAAUAUUUCAGGCGAAUAUGAUAGACCCUCCAAGCCCAUCCCACCGGCAAAGGUUAAUUGGGUCCUCGGCGGUCCUGGGGGGAAUAUGUGGAACGCCUUCAUGGACGACUCUAAGGUCCCGGAUUCUGUAAAGCAAAAGUGGUCCGAGAUUUUUGUAUCAUCCGUCUCUGGUGCAAGCGUUAGUGUACCAAGGUUUUAAGUUAUGAUUGUUCAUCCAAACUCAUGUAACAUAAUGUUUUCCCAGAUCCUAACUUUUAGAGAUCUGUAGAUGUAUGAUCGAGAGAUGUGUUGUUGUAGGAUAAAGGAGCAGUUUGCACAUCA